UUCAGUUCGUGUUUGUUGGCGUCGGUCUGACUCCCUUGCCAAAACCGGCUUCCUCUAACAAUGGUUGCUUCUCCUUCCUGAGCUCAGGGAUGCAGAGAAUCUUCGACAGGAUGGACGACAGCGAGGCCCACAUGAAUAAGAAGCCCAGAAUAACUGGCUCACGGGCUCCUUCCCGAGAUGGUCUGGACCCCACCUACUCUCAGUUGAACUUUCGCAACAAUGAACUUCUCAUCGCUAAGGAUGAAGAUCCUCCGGUCACGUCGCGUGCAGGGGAAAAGCCAGAGACUGCUCAGGCAGCUGCGCAAGAACGGAAAUCGAAAGUGAAGAUCGGAAAUAGGCCGUACCGUCUUGUUUACCUACUCUGCCUAGUUACGUCCGCCCUCAUCGUGACAGUAGCCGGUUUCUCGAUUUAUGUAUCACAGAUUCGUCAGUCUCAGAUCACAUGCGACCAAAACCACCGGCUCCUUCGGGAAGAGGUCAACAGGACCCUGCGCCAAUGUCGACUACAAGUCCAUCAGUUAAACACAACCCUUCUAUCAACAAUAUCCGAGAAUUCCCACAUGCAUCUGACCCAGAGAACCUCUCUUGAGCAUCUAUCUGCGCUAAUCUCUAAUCUGUCAGAUCUUAAACGAAGGCACAGCGAUCUCCGUCACCAGUUCACUGAGAUGGAAACGAAGUACAGAUCUGUCAACGAAACCAAGGCUCAAAUCUGUGAAUUGUUGACCAGCAGAAGAGAGCAAACGUUUUCCCAGGAUUGGAUCAAAAAUGCAGACCAGCGUUAUUUCAUAUCCACGUUUGAAGCGUCCUAUGAUGAGGCGAAACAACUUUGUUUAAAAUAUGAUUCAAAUCUUCUUGAAAUAAUUUCAGAAGAGGAAAAGAAGUUUGUUACGAAAGCUGUACAAGACCAAAGCAGUUCAUACUGGAGUGGAAAAUGCCAAGACGGGAAAGUGGCCACGAAAGUGGUGUACCAUAUGAACGCUGGAAUGUUCAAAUGCAGCGAAUGUAAAUGGUACAGUCCGCUUUACCAUUGCAAUCGUGAUAAUCACCGCUUCAUCUGCGAGUCGUCUGCACCUUUGAGCCCAGACAAUUCUGAAAUGAUCCAGGAUGUCUGUCAACAGCCAGUGGGUUAGACUUGAAUCAAAUGCAACAACCUCUUACCGGCCAAACUACCCCAUUCGCGCUGCCACUCACCCUAACCCUAUUCUCCUCUUUCCUUCUAUCGCACUCUUACUCGCCAUUUCUCCUGCUCUUAACCCUCGUCCCUCUGAACUCUCUCUCUCUCAUGCCUCUUCACUGCCGCCUCCUCUAUUCCAUCCGCAGUUUCCUCCCCAUCCCCGUCCUCGCUUUCUUGUCUCCCUUUUCUAAAACCGUCUAUCCCGGUUUCUACUUCGAUUCGGUACUCCUUCUCUAUCUGCUCUCCCCAUCCCACUGUGUCCCUUUUAUCUAACCCAACUCGCUUCCCUCUUCUGUCUUUAGCUACGCUCACCUCAAUGAUGUGCGUUAAUGUUCUCGAUACCCCAGUCCUAGGGAAAUAGACACACAUUCGCCUGAUCUGUGUCCCCCGUGGAUUUGUACACCUCUGUAAGGUCACCGAAAAAAGUCUCAUAUUUCCCAACCUCUCUCCAUAACUCAGUUCCUCCUGUCCGGGCAGCAUCCUCGGAAGUCUCCCUCUGCAAUCUUUCCAGUUUGUUGAGAUUUCUCUUAGAGCAAGGCAAGCAGAACUGAACUCCAUACUCCAAGUGCGGCCUGACCGACGUCAUCUGCAACUGCAACGUGACCUCCGACUCCCGUACUCGGUGUCCUGACUGAUGAAGGCCAGCGUGUCAAAUGUCCUGUCCACCUGUAUCGCAACUUUUCUACCGGAUUCAGGGUCUGUUUUAUUAUCUGUGACUUAGACCACCUGAGAUUUGUACUUUUGAAGAAUCAGCAGUGACCAAAUGUGUAAAAUUAAUGUCAA